AGAGGCCAUGGCGUAUUUAACUUGCUGUGUAUGCGGAUGAGGAGGAUGGUACGAGGUCUGGCCGUGAGGCAGAGCGCAUCGAAUACGUCCGCGCUCCUUUUCUUUCUUUCAGCGAACAAUCAGUUUUCGAAAGCCGGUCAGAUCACUGUAAUACUUACUAACCUAUUGUUUUGAUCAGUAUUUAGUAUAUAUCUAUGACAUUAUUGGAUGAGUCCAGUAAUGAGGCGAAAGCUAACGUGCUAAUGUUAGCAAGGAAAUCAAGAAAAAACGUCGGAAAGCGGAAGUGCUGAAGUACCCGGAUUUCAAUUUGCCUGACAGAAGGUUUAUUGAUUCACUGGAAAGUACAAGGGAUGGAAGGGGACAAGGGAGAUGCUUCGGAGCGGAUUCUUCUAGAGCCCUACAAGUACUUGCUUCAGCUGCCAGGAAAACAGGUGCGAACCAAGUUGUCCCAAGCUUUUAACCACUGGCUCAAUGUACCAGAGGAUAAACUACAGGUGAUCAUUGAGGUGACGGAGAUGCUGCACAACGCCAGCCUGCUGAUCGACGACAUCGAGGACAGCUCCAAGCUGCGGCGCGGCUUCCCCGUGGCCCACAGCAUCUACGGCGUCCCGUCGGUCAUCAACUCGGCCAACUACGUCUACUUCCUGGGCCUGGAGAAGGUCCUGACGCUGGAGCACCCGGAGGCCGUGCGCGUCUUCACCCGCCAGCUGCUGGAGCUGCACCGGGGCCAGGGGCUGGACAUCCACUGGCGCGACACCUACACCUGCCCGACGGAGGCCGAGUACCGCGGCAUGGUGCUCCAGAAGACGGGCGGCCUCUUCGGCCUGGCCGUGGGCCUCAUGCAGCUCUUCUCCGAGUGGCGGCACGACCUCAAGCCCCUGCUGGACGCGCUGGGGCUCUACUUCCAGAUCCGCGACGACUACGCCAACCUGGCGUCGGCCGAGUACAGCGAGAACAAGAGCUUCUGCGAGGACCUGACCGAGGGCAAGUUCUCCUUCCCCACCAUCCACGCCAUCUGGACGUGCCCCGAGAGCCGGCAGGUGCAGAACAUCCUGCGCCAGCGCACGGAGAACGUGGACAUCAAGCGCUACUGCGUGGACCACCUGGAGAAGGUGGGCUCCUUCGCCUACACCCGCCAGACCCUGCGCGACCUGGAGGCCGAGGCCUACCGCCUCAUACGCGACCUGGGGGGCAACCCCGAGCUGGAGGCCCUGGUGGUGCACCUCAGUCGCCUCUACAAGGAGCCCGAACCCUCGUGCAGUAGCAAGAGCAACAGCAACAACAACAGCAACGGCGGUGACAGCAGCAGCAAGACGCAGUACUGACUGCAAUGGGCUACUGACCUGUAACAUCACAGACAUGUACUCUCGGUUGAUGGUUGAUCAGCAGCAGCAGCAGCAACAAGACUCUGCUCUGACUGUAAUGGACCUGUGUCGUUGCAAACGUGCACUCUUAAAGCUUUACCGUAACUUCUUUGUUCGAGGUCAGUGAACGUACUGUAGGAGCACAGAUCAAUGUUCAGUGGCAUAGCAGAUGCAUCCUGCUUGUUUAGUGGUUUAUAUAUUCACACAUAAGUUGUCUGUGUACAUUGACGUACUGUUGAAUGCUCCACUUUGUUCACACCACUGUUAUGUUGUUGGCCACUAGAACAAAAGUAGGAAUGCCUAUUACAUCAAUUGAUCAUCAGCAAAGGAGUUCCUGUAAAGCAGUUAAGGUCUUUACAGAAAAUCUCCCUUUUCUGUAUUGGCAGAUGCCAUGCUGUUGUGUUGAGGGGGAUAGUGCCCUGCUGUUUUGGCAGGAAAGUUAAGUAGAGGAUAUUUGUCAUAGCGGUGCAGAGUGUCUGAGUGUGUAAUUGGCACCGAACUGUACUUGAACUUCCCCUUCCAAUUUGUGAAAGCUGUUCAGAAGGUUCUCAAAUUUAGGAGGGUUAUCUCCCUCGUUUUUUUCUUCCUAUUUUUUUUUCUUUUUCUAAUGACCGUUCUGUGCCAUGACUAGUUGCCAGAGAGUGCCCGCCGACUGACAUCCCUGCAGGAGGAGGAGGGGGGGAGGAGGAGGGGGGUGGGUGGUCCCCUGAGGGUCUCAGCGCCGAUAAACCGAUACUUGAACAGCCGCACUCCCCGGGCUUUCCCCUGCACACGGAGACUCACCGCCGGAGGAGAAUCAGAAGUGACUGAAACACUGCUAAGCCUUACGUACGUUAACGUGUCCGUCUGGGUUUCUGAGGUAGGACAGCCCGUGCUCCGCUCCGCUCCGCUCUGCCGGGGUGGGACGGACAUUGACGUCAGCGUCGGAGUACAGUAAUGGAACUCUUAAUAAUUACUGUAGUCAGAGCGCUGGUGCCUCCGCGGUGGAAAUGUUCGCUGACAGGACAGGGACGCCGAGCCUGCUCCACUGAGACAGAAAACUGACCUCAAUAUGUCGAGUUUGACACGGAAAUGUUCCAAAUGUGAACUUGCAGUGUGUGUUGUUUUUUCAGGGACUCUUCUGUCCAGUUACGUGUUUGUAUCUUUUGCUACCCGACUGUCUCACCUCACAUGUAAGAAAACUGUCUUUAGUCUUUACGUGUAUUGUUACAUUGGCACGGUGGCGGCUCCUACAUCAGUAGGAAGGGAUCCAGAGUGUUCCUGCAUGUGCUGUCUUGGAUAACUAAAUGGCUAUAACAUUAGGUUCUCAAUAAAC